GGCCUUGGCAGAGCACCAAGAGUCCAUCCUGGCUGCCCCAGCUAGUGCCAUAACAUCGCCACCUUCAUCUUAUUUCCUCUUGUAACUAACUAGCUGGGAGCAAUAGCCAAGCAACAGCAGCCUGCCAACAUCCAACCAGCCGCCAAGCCCAGGAAACUCAGAACAUCUACAAGCUGACUGCGGUUUGGCACAGACAAGAGCCAAGCAGUGAGAUAGUGUGCCCACCCACCAAGUCCAAGGCUACCAACACUGGCAGAGACCUCCACUGUCCACUAGCUAUCACCCUCCUCUCCAACUGUGCCCUGUGCCCACUGCCAGAGCCUUGAGUCAUCACUACUCCAGUGCGUACUGUUGCAAUUGCUUCUUCAUGGAUCUUGGCCUGGGCACCAGCACUAGCUCCAGAACCCAGCACCUAGUGGGAGGUAAAUACAAGCUACUGAAUAAGAUCGGGUCUGGUGCGUUCGGGGAAGUUUGUCUGGCAGUUAAUGUCAUCAGUGGAGAGGAAGUGGCAGUGAAGAUGGAGUCCAAGAACAUCAAAAACUCCAGGUUGUUGGUUGAGAGUGCCAUGUAUGAAGAGCUUGGUGGAGGAAUAGGCAUCCCACACAUACAGUGGUUUGGGCAAGAAGCAGGUCAAAGUAUAAUUGUCCUGGAUCUUCUGGGACCCAGCCUGGAAGAUCUCUUUGAGUUCUGCUCCAGAAGCUUCUCACUGAAAACAGUCCUUAUGCUGGCUGAUCAAAUGAUUGGUAUUCUGGAGUAUGUGCAUUCCCAGAAUGUAAUACACAGAGAUAUUAAACCUGAGAACUUCCUGAUGGGACUAGAAAGACACUGUAAUAAAGUCUACCUUAUUGACUUUGGGUUGGCCAAGAAAUAUCAAGAUAGCCAUACUAGAGAGCACAUACCAUGCCAAAAGACAGAAUACAUCGUUGGGACUGCACGGUUUGCCAGCAUCAACACCCAUCGUGGAAUCGAACAGAGUCGUCGUGAUGAUUUGGAAUCUCUGGGAUAUGUCUUCACAUACUUCAAUAGAGGCAGCUUGCCCUGGCAGGGACUAAAGGCUGCUACUAAGAGAAAGAAAUUUGAAAAGGUCGGUCAGCAGAAGCUAUCCAUCCCUCUUGAAGAGUUGUGUGGAGGAUUCCCUGAAGAAUUUACUACCUACCUGCAGAUCUGCCGCAAGCUGGGUUUUGAGGAAACACCUAAUUAUAUGUAUUUCAGACAGAUCUUCCAAAAUGCAUUUAGGAACCUUAAUUUUCAGUAUGAUAAUGUAUUUGAUUGGGCCAUACUUUCCCAAAAAUCUUCUACGAAACAUAACCAUAGUAGCACUACUACAGCAAAGCCAAGUAGAAAGGACAAUAAGAAGGGUUUCUGA